AUGAAAAAUGGAACUGAUUCUUUCGUUUCUUUGGGCCACUGGCCGUUUUCCGCGAGUUUCGGAUUUAAUACCGAUAUUUUAGCAACAAAUCUAAUAAAUCUAAGUGUAGUGAUUGUUGUAUUGCUCUUUUUUGGAAGGGGAGUGUUAAGUGAUUUAUUAGAUAAUCGAAAACAGAGGAUCUUAAAUACUAUUAGAAAUUCCGAAGAACUGCGGGGGGAGGCUAUUGAACAGCUCAAAAAAGCGCGUGCCCACUUGCGGAAAGUAGAAACAGAAGCAGAUCAGUUUCGGGUAAAUAGAUACUCUGAGAUAGAGCGAGAAAAAUUGAAUUUGAUUAAUUCAACUUAUAAGACUUUGGAACAAUUCGAAAAUUACAAAAAUGAAACGAUUCGGUUUGAACAGCAGAGGGCCAUGAAUCAAGUUCGACAACGGGUUUUUCAACAAGCCUUACAAGGAGCUCUAGGAACUCUGAAUAGUUGUUUGAAAAAUGAGUUACAUUUACGUACCGUUAGUGCCAAUAUUGGCAUGUUGGGAGCGAUGAAAGAAAUAACGGAUUAG